AUGACCCCCGCCGCCGGCCGCCCAUCCCCUCCGGUCGCGACCCUCCUCGGCCGCUGCUGUACUCUUCGCUGCCUCGCCCAGCUCCACGCCCGUAUCGUUCGCCUUGGCCUCCACAACCACCACGCCCUCCUCGCGCGCUUCACCGCGGCCUGCGACUCGCUCGCCUCCCCCUCCGUCGCCGACUCCUUCCUCUCGGCUCUCCCUUCCCACGCCGUCCCGCUCAGCCUCCGCAACGCCGUCCUCGCCUCACACUCUCGCCAUUCCCCGCUCCAUGCUGCGCUUGCGCAGUUCAAUAUCGUCCGCCGCACCGCCUGCCCCGACGCAUUCUCUUUCCCUUCCUGCCUCCGCGCGUGCUCCCGCGUACCCUGCAAACCCACUGGCUCCGCUUUGCACGCUGCAGCCAUACGCCUCGGCCUGGAUGCCGACCUCUUCGUCCGCACAGCGCUCAUCCAGUUCUACGGAAGCUGCAGCUCUGCUGGCGCAUCCCGGAUGCUUUUCGACUCAAUGGUCAUUCCCAGCGAGGUUUCCUGGACUGCCAUUAUCAUGGUCUACGUCGACUGUGGUGACAUCGUGUCUGCCCGGGAGAUUUUUGACCGAAUGCCACACAGGAACGUGGUUCAUUGGAACGCCAUGGUUGGUGGGUACGUGAAGUGCGGGGACCUGGAGAGUGCAAGGAGGCUGUUCGAAGAAAUGCCCCAAAGAACUGCUGCAGCGCACACAUCGUUGAUCGGUGGGUAUGCAAAGGCAGGAAAUAUGCAAGUUGCCAAAAUGUUGUUCGAUAAGUUACAUGACCGGGAUGUGUUCUCAUGGUCAGCGAUGAUAUCAGGCUAUGCACAGAAUGGUUAUCCUGGAGAGGCUUUAAGGGUUUUUAAGGAGUUCCGUGAGAAAGGCAUAUGCCCAGACGAGCUUGUUAUUGUUGCUCUGAUGACAGCGUGCUCCCAACUGGGUAACAUCAUGUUGGCAAAAUGGAUUGAAGGUUACAUCACGACUUAUUCCAUAGAUAUGAACAAUGCCCAUGUGUUGGCUGGUCUCAUAAAUAUGAAUGCAAAGUGUGGGAACAUGGAGAGGGCUACUGUUUUAUUUGAGUCCAUGCCAGUUCGAGAUGUGUUCUCAUACUGUUCGAUGAUGCAAGGUCAUUGCCUCCAUGGUUCAGCUAACAAGGCUGUUGAGCUUUUCACUAGGAUGCUCUUGGAGGGCCUCUCCCCAGAUAAUGCUGUGUUUACAGUUGUUUUGACAGCUUGCAAUCAUGCUGGCCUAGUAGAAGAAGGGAAAAGGUACUUUGCAAUGAUGAAGAAUGAGUAUUUGAUUAUGCCAUCUGGCGAUCACUAUGCUUGCCUUGUCAGUCUUCUCGGGCGUUCUGGGAUGGUGAGAGAUGCAUAUGAGCUUAUUAAGUCAAUGCCAGGAAAACCUCAUCCGGGAUCAUGGGGUGCAUUGUUGCGUGGAUGCAUACUCCAAGGUGAUAUUGAGCUUGGAAAAGUUGCAGCAAAGAAGCUUUUUGAAAUUGAACCAGAUAAUGCUGGAAAUUAUGUAACCCUGUCAAACAUUUAUGCUAACAUUGACAGAUGGGCCGAUGUUUCUGAAGUUAGAGCUGAAAUGACUGGAAAAGGGUUAACAAAAAUAGCAGGUCGAACCGUUGUUCUAUAG